UGCUGUAAGCAUAUCUCACUCCGAGCCUCUCUGCUUCGGUUGCCCUGCCCUUAAGAGGUCAACAGGUUGGUUUUGUUUCUUUUGCAAACCUGUCAGCCCACUUACUCUCACUGGGCUGCUGUCUACACGCCAGCUCAGCCCCAAACAAUUCUGCUACUUACCACAUUUCUAGCACAGGGCUGAGCUGUGCGUUUUCCAUUGUACAAAGAAGAAUAGUACUGACCUCCUGGUACUGAGGGGGCUGCCAGCUCCUCUGGUUAGUAGGGCAUCAGCGAGUGCAUCCCGGCUCCCAGAGGCAGAGAUCACCCAAGCGCUUGGGGGUCUUGGCAACAAGCCGGGCGAGGAGACAGGAAGGUGUCGAUAACGCUGAGUUUGGCCUGAGGCCAUAGAUGAAGACUAUGUAGGAGUCUGUCUCUAAGGAGGUGAAGAUUUAACAAGCAUUCCAAGCCAAAAUCAACACCACUUAGCCCAACACACAAUGCUGAGUUGGAAGUUGCCCAGGCAACUCAGUAUUAAUCAAGUGCCUCAAGUGUUUCGAGAGCAGGGCAUCCUGUUUGGGUAUCGGCAUCCAAGAAGUUCUGCAGCAGACUGUCUCCUCAGUGCCUUCCAGAUGACAAACGAAACACUAAAUAUAUGGACACACUUUUUGCCUGCCUGGUACUUCCUAUGGAAGUUGUUUGCCUUGGCCUAUUCGCUGGAUAUCUGGAACGACGUGUAUGCCUGGCCCUUUCUUGCCUACAUGCUCACGUGCUGUAUUUAUCCUUUCACAUCCAGCUGUGCCCACACAUUCAGUACGAUGUCCAUCCAGGCGAGACAUAUUUGUUAUUUCUUUGAUUAUGGUGCCCUUAGUAUGUACAGUUUAGGCUCUGCGAUUGCUUAUUCAACGUAUGUUUUCCCAGAAGAAUGGAUCGAUAGCACUUUCCAUCACUGUUAUGUACCCAUUGCUGUGCUUAACACGGUCAUUAGCACGGGUCUUUCCUGCUACUCCAGGCUUGGUGCUCCAUACCUCCAUUAUAACAGUGAUGUCAUAGAAAGGUUCCCCGAGAUACAGCAGCCCCGGCUCACUAAAAGUCUUCGCAUGCUGGCUUUUGCAUAUCCGUACCUGUUCGACAGCACCCCUCUCUUCUACAGGCUAUAUCUGUGUACUGGGGAAAGCUGCAUGGAAAGCGUAAUUCCAGUCCACUACAGGCACUGUGUGUUUGCCUUCCUCACUUGUUUCAUUUUUGCUGCACAUUUGCCUGAGAGACUUGCACCGGGACGCUUUGACUAUAUUGGGCACAGCCACCAGCUUUUCCAUGUAUGUGGGAUCAUUGGCACACACUUCCAAAUGGAGGCCAUCUUUAUAGACAUGAACGCUCGCCGUGACUGGCUCUUAGCUGCCUCACCUCUUCUCUCUUUCUCUCAAACAGCUGGUUCAAUUGGUAUCUCCAUUAUCAUUAGCCUAACUAUCAUUGGGGCUUUCUCACUGGCUCUCUAUUCAACACCAAAGUCCUCUAGGACAGAAAAACUACAUCGGCAUUAAACUUUAAGUAGAGAUUGGUUUUUAGUUACAUUGCUGCAAAUGAGAAAUACCAAGUAACUUUAGUACUGGAUCAAUGAAGGUGAUGAGAUAUUUUGAUGAAUGUUUUUCUUGGGGAAGAUACUCAAGGGGUUUUCAAGAGUGAACCAUUUUAUAGUGCACUGGUUUUUGUACAUACGACUUUAAAGUUGGAGACAGAUUGUGACAUGGUUUAAAAUCAGGUCAAGUUGAUAUUUUAGCAUGAAAUUAUUUAGAAAAAAAUGAAAACAUUGUAAAAGGGAGAAGUGUCAUAUUUUGCAAGCCAGUAUUUGAGGGCAGAUUUAAUCCAAAUGACGAAACUCACUGUGAUACCAUCUUCUAAGUCAAUGGCCAUUUAUCUGUGUUGAUUUCAGUUGACUGCUUUAGGGAGGAACCAGGAAACUUGAUUAUUUUGAUUAUAACAUGAUGGUACAUUGUGCUUAUGUCAGUUCAUAGGCAUAAGUGUCUAUAUUUUAUAUAUUUAAUAUGUGGGGUAGCAUCUCGAUCCAGGACAGGCUCCAGGGUUUUUGCCGCCCCAAGCGGUGGGGGAAAAAAAAAAAAAA